AUGCGGAUGCCCGCCAACGCCAACGCCAACGCCAAAGCCGUCGCCGUUGCCGUCACCGUCGCAGCCGACAACCGGCCGGUCGUUGCCGCGGCUGGUGCUGCUGGUGCUGCUGUUGUUUCUUCACCCUCAGAGAUUCUUCAGCCUCCUCCUGCUCCUCCGCCUCCACUUCCUCCGCCCUCAGUCCCGUCCAUGUCGUUGCCGCUGGCUCGCCCGUCGCGCCAUGACACCGCCCACGCUACCGGCCGCCUCGAACCUUAUUCCUUCUCUGUCAACCAUCCGCCGCCGCCAACCUACUACCGCCGCCUGGCUGCCGGUCCAGCUCCGGCUCCGCUGUCGGGUGUGCCUUCGGCUUCCACGCCGGGUCCUCCCGCUGCAGCCGCUGCAGCCUCCCGUCAUGACGCGCUCAGAUUUCCUCCAUCGCCCUCGCCAACACCCUCGCAUCCCGCCACCUUCGGCGUCCUCGGCGGCAGCAACCACGACAGAAAUCACAGUAAUUCAAGCUUCGUUAGCAAUGCCAGCCAUGGCUAUGCCACUCUUACCCCGCGUUCCGAUCCCAAGCCCAGCCGCUGUUCCGUCAUGGACCUUCAGAAUGUGCUGUGCGACCCGGAUGACGAUGUGAACAUGUCUUCGUCGCGCUCGAGUCACCCCCCUACGCCCCCCCAUCUUGCUGAUGUACUUAACCCUCCCGCCUCGAGUUCCAUGCCCGCCUCUCCAACGUCGGAUUCCUUGGAGCCCCUGACAUUUGUCGCUCGUCCGAAUCCCUCUCACGUCGUCAUGACUACGAGGCCUCAAUUGCAGACCUCUCAACCCCAGCACGCGGAGCCUGGCUGCAAGACCUGUCAAAUUCGUAAGAUGCCUUGUGAUGAGGGGCGUCCCUCAUGCCAAAACUGCUCACGCAUGGGCAUCCAUUGCUUGGGCUAUAUUUCUCCGAGUCAUGCCAGCACCCAACAGGCGUCGGACCGUUCCGUGCCCAGCGUUAGUGCCAACGCCAGACGCCAGGAUCAGGAAGAGUAUCUCUUCUUCCUCCUUGAUCAUUACCGACACACCAAACGCCACUGCAUGUGGGAACUCAUCACCCUCGAUUUCAAUGAGCAUUUUUCGUGUAACAUGCGUAAGGAGGCUCUACAGAUGAUCAAACGCCGAAGAUUGAAGGACAAGGACAAGACAACUCAUCAUUCUCGUGACGUCAUCUACACUGAAUGGCCUAUCUCGCCUCUCCUCUUGGCCUCUAUCUGCUCUGGGCCAGUCGGUCAACGCACCAAUUUGAGUGGCGUAUCUAGCGGUUGUCGGCCAAAAGAAGGCUCUCAACACCUGAAGACUGGUCUUAGCUGGAUCCAAGAUCAAGGUAGCAGACUAGUACAAUUAUCCAGUCUCUGCAAGUUCUUGUCCAGCAACCUCCGGCAACCUACCUAUAAGGACUCGGUCAAGGCAGCGAACAAUCAGGCGGUGGCCAAUUGCAGGAUCAAGGGACCUCUCGAGACUGCCAUGGGUGCAUCGAAGCCAGUUCUGUAUUCAUUCGCCGAACAUUCGCAAUGUACGGCAAUGUACGGCAAUGUUUUAGAGGUGUCACCGAGACCCAAAGCCAAUGUCUGCCCACUUGGCUUGGCAUUUCUUCAACCCAAGCCGGUGUGCGUUGAUUUGCGCCAAGGUUCGGAGGCGACGAGUGCGAUACCGACCUCGACCGGUCACCGUAAUUCACUGUCAAUUCUCAUACGAUGCCCGCGUAGAUCACGGAGGGCUACUGAGAGCACCCUUGAGUCGAUCACGAGGCAUUCAAGGCCACUCAUAUCCUGCCUUCUUUCUUUGUACAUCCCUGUGAGAAAACAGUUCCUCGAACGUCGCAGCCGGGUUGGCGGGCCGUCGUUCCUGCUGGCUACUGACGGGAGAAGGCAGCCUACGAUUUUGAACGCCUCUUUAGUCACAGCACCUAUGUAUGAGAUCGACAGUAUGUUCUCGAGUUUCUCAAGCGGAGCUGCUUUCGCCCCCGAGACUUCUUGCACAGGGCAGGGGCCAAUGGCAUCGACAAUGAUGCCUCACCUUGGUGAACGAUGA